AUGUCAAAUUUAAUUAAGUUUGGUUAUUUGCCAGCUAAACAAUCAGUUUUUUUAUUAUGCGACUUGCAAGAAAAAUUCAGGCCUAUAGUGUCUUAUUUUAAAGAAGUCCUUCAUGGGGCAUCAAGAUUAACGACUGUUUCUAAAGUUUUAAAUAUACCUCUUAUCGUGACAGAACAAUAUCCACAGGCUUUCGGUCCAACAGUUGAGGAAAUUAAAAAAGAUCAUGCUGUUGGAGUUUUUCCUAAAACAAAAUUCAGUAUGUGUGUUCCAGAGGUUGUUUCACAAUUAGAAAAAAUCCCUGAUCUUAAAUGUGCCAUUUUGUAUGGCAUCGAAGCUCAUGCCUGCAUAGAACAAACAGCAAUCGAUUUGCUUGGUCUUGGACUCAGCGUUCAUAUCGUUGCUGAUGCUUGUUCAUCUCGUAGUUUGGAAGAUAGAUGUUUGGCUCUAGAGAGAAUGAAACAAAUGGGUUGUUUUAUAUCGACAACAGAAAAUGUCAUAUUCAAACUUCUAGUUGAUUCCAAACAUCCAAAAUUUAAAGAACUUCAACCUUUAGUUAGAAAUGCUACUCCCUACACUGGAUUGUGUAAUAUUCACACAAAUCCUGCUCAAGCUCGUCUGUAA